AUGGCGGAGCAGCAUGAGAGCCCCAACAUCGAUGACCUGACCCCGGAGGAGGCCAGCCGCAUUAUCCACUCGCACCGGAAACGCAAGGUGAAGUGCGACAACAAGCAGCCAUGCGAGAACUGUGUAAAACGGGAGCACCCCCAGCUAUGUUCCUACAAGCCAAAUCGGUCAUCCAAGUCCACCGGAGGCUCAGACGUCACCUCGCACAUCAGCAAGAAGAGGGCCCUUUCUCCUGAUGACCAGGACACCCGCGAACUGAGCAGCGAAGCCAAAUCUGAUCCUGCCAUGCGCGCUUUCGUUGACCCCGAAUCAGCUGAGGUGACGAGGUAUCUCGGACAGAACAGCAUACCGGCCCUGUUGAGAGAACAGACCUCCCCCAACGAUCGCCAAGCGGGUGUCGACAAUAUCCGACAAGACAUGCGCUCUAUCUUCGGCCUGGACAACUCGGCCCCGUUCCCGCUCAUGUCCUCGCGCCACCUGGAGAAGCUAACCGCGGACAUCUCUGCUGAGCUGCCGUCUGACCGCGAGGUUAUGAAGUUAUUCCGAACGUACAAGGAGAUACCGCAAGUCUUUUGGGGUUUUGUAAUUGAUAUCGACGACUUAGAGUCGAGGUUAAUGGUCUACCUCGAAGAGCGGGCAAAAAACGCCAGGAGUACGGUCAAGAUUGCCAGGAGGCCCGUGUCAGCUUCCUGGCUCGCCAUUUUGUUCGCAGUCCUCGCCGUGGGCUCGCAAUACCACGACUCGCCCUACCAUAUACGGACCAGCAGUUCUCAGAAGUACCUGCAAAUAUCCUUCCAUUUCCUUCGCAUGGGCAACUUCCUCUUGCGCCCAAACUUCGACUCAAUACAGGCUUUGCUCCUCGUGUCAUUCAGUCUCCUCAAUGAUAUGAAGGCAGAGGGAUCUUGGGCCUUACUGGGACUUACCUGUCGUCUGGCAUUGUCACUUGGUCUCCACAGGCUGAACAACAACGAGAUCACGGACCCCGAGGCAAAGAGGAAGGAGAUCAUUCGACGCAAACUCUGGUGGUGCUUUUCACCGAGCGCUGAAAGCAACGGCCUGACCUAUCUGGAAGCCAUGUAUCACCUCUGCCAAAUUAUAAAUCGACGCCUCAACCCUGACGCUACUGCCGAGGCAACUUUUGUGCAGAUACUCGACAACUGCCAGGCUACGGAACGGCUGCGUGAGAAAGUCAUUCCGCAGAUCCGGAGUAAAGAAGCCUGCAAGACCGCAGUCGACCGCCUCCAACAUUUCGCCAUCAGGCUGCACACCUGUUUUGUCGUAUCCGUCUGCUGUCGCCCUGCCUUGAAACGAGGAGGAGAAUCGGACGCCCUCGAGCCGUCCGAACGAAAGGUCUUGUCCGCAAAGUUUAGGGACAACUUGACGGAAACGGUCAGGAUGUUCCUCGCCAUGCACCAACUCUCGGUGAUCCCGACCAGGUCCUGGGCGUUUACAUACCACGGCCUGUCUUCAGCCGUGCUUCUGGGUCUCCUGCCCGAGACCAAGUCAGACCCUGAAAUACGUCAGCUGCAAGGUGAUCUCAUCUCUGCAUUGUCUGCUACUGCGGCCAAGGAGCAGUCCUCCCCGAUCCCACACAUUCAAAAGAGCGACAAGGACAUUGAGCUUUCGGGACCAUUAUCACGUGCCCUCGCCGCGCUGAAGAACAUUUACGACCACGGAAGUGUCAUGGGAUCUGCCGUGUUCAAGCGCGAUAGCGGGACACGAUCUGGGACACGCACGCCUCUGGGUAUAGGUCAGCUGACGAACCCUGCCGUGGGCGCUUCGGACGGUCAUAACCUUCUCCCCGGAGCACCGUAUGCGACCUCUGGGCUUCAGAGUCUCGAUCCUCAUCAAGAUGCGGCGAUGGCGAUGGCAGAAAUGCAAAAUGGGAGUGGCAUGCAGGACUUUACAGGAUUGCCAUAUGUCACUGGGGCACCGUCGCUCGAAGGCGCCGAUCUGGCGCCGAUUGAUCCGAGCACCUAUAUCGAGCCUAUGGAACUUUACGACUCCAUCUUCUGGGAGUCCCCUGACCCGUGGAACUCGGGCCUGGAUACCAUGAACUUCGACUUCCUUGCACAACCUCCUCCGGGCCAGCCGCCACAACAACAAUUCUAUUUCUAA